AUGCAGUCGGGAAUCGCAGUCUCAUCCGAACUCCACGAUGCAUUCAACGCAUUCACAUCCGACUCCUCUCUCUUCUGCCUCCCUAUCACAAUCACAUCCGAGAGCCUGACCCCUCUCCCCGCAAUCCCCUUCUCAUCCCCAAACGCGUUCUAUCCAUCCCUCCCACAGCUCUCGUCCGUCCUCCAGCCCAAGACCCCUCUAUAUUUGAUUUUCCGCCGUCCGGACACUGAAGGUGAGGGCGAGGGCGCGAGUUUAGCGGCCCUGACGUAUAUCCCGUCGAAUGCGGGUGUGCGCGCAAAGACGCUAUUUGCGUCGACGAGAGCGACGUUCGUGAGGGAGUUGGGUAGUGAGAAGUUUUCCGAGUCGAUUUUCGCGACGGAUGAGGAGGAGGUUAUUGGUGAGGAGGCGUGGAGGGAGAGGGAUGCGGAGAAGAGCGGGAAGAGUAAUGGUGGUAAUGGGAGGUUUAGGAGGGAGGAUUUGAUGGAUGAGAAGGAGAGGGAGUUGGAAGCUGUGCGGAGAGCAGAGGAGGAGGCGAGACAUGGUACGAUCGGGAGGGAUGUUGGUAUUGGUGGCUCGCUGGCUGCGAGUGGUGGAGGGGCAACGGGAGGGAUGAAUGUGAAGAUGCCGGUUGAUGAGGAAGCCAAGGCUGCGUUGAAGAGUCUACAGCAGGGUGGAAUGGUGCAGCUGGCUAUUGACAUUCCCACGGAGACCAUCAAGCUCGCGGACUCAGACUCCAGCGUCUCUCCUGCUUCCCUGUCCGGACGCUUGCCCGAGUCUUCGCCGCGGUACACCCUCUAUCACUACCCCGACUCCGAUGCCAUCAUCUUCAUCUACACCUGCCCUUCGGGUUCAUCCAUCAAGGAACGCAUGUUGUAUGCCAGCACUCGGAGAGUGGCUAUCGACAUAGCGGAGGCGGAAGGUUUGAACGUGGCGAAGAAGAUCGAGGGAUCUUCUCCAGACGAGAUCACCGAAGCCAGACUUCACGAAGAGGUCCAUCCUCCACAGGACGACGGUCCAAGGAGAGGUUUCGCCAGACCUAGACGCCCCGGCAGGUGAAUUCCCGGGUCAGACGCCUGGUAGAGAAUGCCUUGUCGUUUAGUAAGAUACACGACAUAUCCCAUAGAUUGUCAUCUUUUAUUGUAUAUCCUUUGAGAUCGGAGCACCCAAAGCCGACGUCUUGCGGUAUAUAGACUCUAGGCACCUGUUAUGCAGUCCCUCAACGCACCAGCACUGCUAGACAGGACAGCAGGCAGGACAGCAGGCCAUCUUCUCCCAUCUUGACAGCAGACGCGACGUCGUCCAUCACUGAUUCCGAAAAUUCUUUUUCUGGUAGAAUAGAUCCGUCCUCGAACUUCCCAGGUUGAUGAUCUUAGG